AUGGUUGUUCGAAGUCUUGACACUAUGAAAGAUCCCUUUCAUCCAAGACAAGAUGAUGAAAUUAUCCUUGGUCCAGAAGUACCAUAUCUUAGUGCUAUUGGUGCCCUACUUUUUUUGGCACAGUGUACAAGACCAGACAUUGGAUUUGCAGUUAGCGUGUUGGCAAGAUAUAGCUCUGCUCCAACAUCACGUCAUUGGAAAGGCGUAAAAGACAUUUUACGCUACCUUCGUGGAUAUCUCUCUGAUCCGCAUAGAGGUCGCUCUCAAACAGGAUAUGUUUUUACUUGUGGAGACACUGCAAUUUCAUGGCGAUCAUCUAAGCAAACACUUGUGGCAACUUCCUCUAAUCAUUCAGAAAUAAUUGCAUUAUAUGAAGCUGGCCGAGAAUGUUUUUGGUUAAGAUCCAUGAUUCGCCAUAUUCGAAGCACUUGUGAUUUACCUUCAGUAACUGACAAUCCAAUUGUCAUGUACGAAGACAAUGCUGCUUGUAUUGCUCAGAUUAAAUAA